AUGUCGGAAUUUAUGAAAGGUGUGAAAUUGUUGAAACACGAUCUAACUGAGGUUGAUGCUGGGGAAGCUCUUCAGGGAAAGGUGGUAGCCCUCUACUUUUCCGCCGGUUGGUGUCCUCCAUGUAAGCAGUUCACUCCAAAACUCGUGCGGUUUUAUUCCAACUUGAAAGCCGCUGGAAAACCAAUUGAAGUUGUAUUUUUCUCGCGUGAUCGAACGAAAGAAGAUCUCGAAGAAAAUUUCACCGAAAAACACGCCGAUUGGCUUGCGGUCAAAUUUGGCGAUCCGAUAAUGGCAAAAUAUCAGACAAAAUACGAAAUUAAAACAAUUCCGGUGGUUCGUGUAAUUAAUGCAGCCGGUAAAAUGGUUGUCGCUGAAGGAAAAGCUCAAGUCGUGGAAAGUGGAAAAUCUGAUCCAAUGGGCUUGUUUGCAAAAUGGGAAGCUGCUUGCAAUAAAUAA